CGUGGUUCUACAUCAUUGGUUAACUCUCUCCUUUCCCCUUGGAUAAGGCAUCUUAAAAUAAUAAUAAAUACCAUAAAUAUCUUCCGAUUUUUUCUCCGACUAUAAUAAUGAUGACAACAAUAUCUUUUAAAAUUAUCUUAAAAGAAACCGAAAGCUAAUCUCCAAAGGGAAAAAGACGUGUAGCAGAGACCUAUACAUACACCUAUACAUUCACGUUGCGUGUGAUAAUCUACUGAGGGUUCUAUCUAUAUUAAUCCUUCUCUGCUUCCUUCAAUCUAAUUGCAAAUCAAAUGGAUCGUCUUAAGCUUUAUUUCUCCGUUUUCGUUUUGUCUUUCUUUAUCGUCUCGGUUUCGUCGUCUGAUGUCAACGACGGCGAUGAUCUCGUGAUCCGUCAGGUGGUUGGUGGAGCCGAGCCUCAGGUUUUGACCUCAGAGGAUCACUUUUCUCUCUUCAAGCGGAAGUUCGGGAAGGUCUACGCUUCCAACGAGGAGCAUGACUAUAGAUUCUCGGUUUUCAAAGCGAAUCUCAGGCGAGCGAGGCGUCACCAGAAGUUGGAUCCGUCGGCGACUCAUGGUGUUACGCAGUUCUCAGAUCUGACUCGGUCUGAGUUCCGUAAGAAGCACUUGGGGGUUAGAAGUGGCUUUAAGCUUCCUAAAGAUGCCAACAAGGCUCCGAUUCUCCCUACCGAAAAUCUCCCUGAGGAUUUUGAUUGGAGAGAUCAUGGCGCCGUUACUCCCGUCAAAAAUCAGGGAUCUUGCGGCUCUUGCUGGAGUUUCAGCGCCACUGGAGCUUUGGAAGGUGCUAACUUCCUCGCUACCGGCAAACUCGUCAGCCUCAGCGAACAACAGCUCGUCGACUGUGAUCACGAGUGUGAUCCCGAGGAGGCAGAUUCCUGCGACUCUGGUUGCAAUGGUGGGCUAAUGAACAGCGCUUUUGAAUACACCCUCAAAACCGGAGGGCUCAUGAAAGAAGAAGACUAUCCUUACACCGGAAAGGACGGCAAGACCUGCAAGCUAGACAAGUCCAAGAUCGUUGCCUCUGUCUCCAACUUCAGUGUUAUCUCCAUUGAUGAAGAACAGAUUGCUGCAAACCUUGUCAAGAACGGACCUCUUGCUGUAGCCAUCAACGCUGGCUAUAUGCAGACUUACAUUGGAGGAGUCUCAUGCCCUUACAUAUGCACCAGGAGGCUCAACCACGGUGUCUUAUUGGUUGGCUAUGGAGCGGCAGGUUACGCUCCGGCUAGGUUCAAGGAGAAGCCUUACUGGAUCAUCAAGAACUCGUGGGGAGAGACUUGGGGUGAAAAUGGUUUCUACAAAAUCUGCAAAGGCCGUAACAUUUGUGGUGUUGACAGUAUGGUCUCCACUGUUGCAGCCACCGUCUCAACCACCGCCCAUUAAGCAUCUCGUCAAUAAGUUUUAAUUACUUUGGUGAUUUGUAUGAGCGAGCUCUCUUUGCGCUGCUGACUCUCUCUAUUUAUCUCUGCUUCUUGCUUGUAAAUAAAAUGCGUUCUAUUGAGCAAAACCGUACAAUGCUCAUUAGCAAUGAGCCCACUUUAACAAGUAUCAGUUUAUGGCCCAAUAUAUGAAAGUUAAAUUGAGUCUGGGCCGUUUAAUGAGCCUUUUUAUCAAGUAUCAGUUCAUCUGGGCCUAAUAUAUGAAAGUUUAAUCAAGUCUGGGCCGUU